UUAAUCAUUCCAUGCUAAUGAGAGUAACUAUGCCUGCUUUUUCCCCGAAGCCUACUCGUUCAUACAAUGUUCGUUCUAUUAGCUUUCCUGCUAGAUCACAUCCUAAUAUAGGCAGAAUUGAAAAAGAGCUGAACAAGCUUAGUUCUUGGGAGGCAUCAUCAGUGAAUGCAGAAAGAAUCUGUGCUCGUCUGUCUGCCCUUGGAGAGAUAUACAGAUUCAUAGAGGAUCUCCUUAACUUGCCAUUGACCCAACAGGCUCUAUCACAAAAUCAAGAGGAGAAAUGGGUAGGUGAAAUGUUAGAUAAUUUGAUUAGGUAUUUAGAUGUAUGUGGCAACACAAGAGAUGGUAUUUUGUUGAUGAAAGAAAGUGUUCGAGAACUUCAAUCAGCUAUUCGAAGAAGCAAAGGUGGAGGAGAGUUAAGCAUUGAAAGCAAUGUCAAUGAUUACAUUUUCUGCAGAAAGAAGAUGAAAAAGGAAGCAGAAAAGUCUCUUGCAUCACUAAAGCAGAAGGAUAGUGUAUUUUCAGAGUCUUCUCUGUUAAAUGAUCAUUAUCUAUCUGCAAUAGUGAAAGCCCUUAGUGAGGCAAGUUGGAUGACCAUUUCCAUCUUUAGUUCGCUCUUGUUGUUCCUCUCAGUACCAAUCCUGAAACCCAAGCCCAGUAAAUGGUCUUUGCUUUCAAAAUUGGUGCACAAAGGCGCAGUAGCAUGCGAAGGCCAACAAGAGAACAAGAAUGAGUUAGAGAAUGUGGAUCUUGCACUUACCAGCCUGUUGGUGACUAACACAAGAAAAGAUUUAGAGCCACAGAAGAUACAAGCUGCACAGAAAAUGCUGGAAAUUUUGGAUAUCAGCAUUGAAGAAUUAGAAAAUAAGUUGGAAUGCUUGUUUAGGAACUUAAUCCAUACCAGAGUCUCCCUCCUGAACAUACUUUCUCACCCAUUAGAGUGAUUUUAACAGCCAUUUGUAUUGUAUCACUGUAGAAUCCUCAAUUUUUGAGAGGAUCCUCAUCAUGUUGUUAACCAUUCUCGAUCAAAUGUACAAUUAUGCUGAUAAAUCUCAUUGUAUAGUGUAAGAUUAUAAUGACAAAUCAAAUUUUGUAAAAGUUAAACUAAA